AUGGCGUUUGUGGAGGGUAAAGUUGUGAGUAAAAAUCAUCCUGGGUCGGCACCAAGAGCAAUUCGAAAGUUAACUGCCAGUAUUAUCCAGGUUGCAUUGACUAGCGGCGCCAGUGGCAUUGGUUUGGAGAUUGCUAAGCUCUUGGCUGAGUGGGGGGGGGCAUGGGCCAUCCUCUCUAUCGCAGCCGUCAACCAGCAGGGCCUGGACGAUGCUCUCAAGGUAUUCAAAGAAGACAAGCAUAUCGCGACGGUUGUGGAUGUACGCGAUGGCACUCAAGUCAAGAACUGGAUUGAGAAAACAGUGCAGCAAUUCGGCAGACUUGAUAGCGGGAUAAACCUCGCCGGUGUUGCGCGCAUGCAGGCCCCCAUCAUAGAAGGGACCGACGAUGACUGGGAUUUCAGGAUGGGUGUCAACGGCAAAGGCGUCUUUCACUGUAUGAGAGAACAGUUGAAGCAUAUGAAGAGUGGAGGAAGUAUCGUGAGUCUCUCAACGGCCCCUUUCCUCCCACGGAAAAAGAAGAUUUGCUUCGAUCAAUAUGUGAUUUCAAAAGUGCUGGCGGGUUCUAAACUUCUUUCAGGUCAAUGCUGCAAGCAUCCAGGGUAUGGUAGGUUGCGCGAACACAUCGAUUUACGCCGCCAGUAA